AUGGUUUACAUCUCGAAUGGACAAGUGUUGGACAGCAGGAGUCAGUCCCCAUGGAGAUUGUCUUUUAUAACGGAUUUCUUCUGGGGAAUAGCCGAGUUUGUGGUUUUGUUUUUCAGAACUCUAUUUCAGCAAGAUGUGAAAAAAAGAAGAGGCUACGGAAGCUCAUCUGAUUCCAGAUAUGAUGAUGGAAGAGGGCCACCAGGAAACCCCCCGAGAAGAAUGGGUCGAAUUAAUCAUCUGCGUGGCCCUAAUCCUCCUCCAAUGGCCGGUGGAUGAGGAAGGUAA